AUGGCUCCCACGCUAUCCAUCAGGUGGGUGGUGCAUUAUACAAUUCUCCUGACGUGGGUGCUGUUUGUACCGGUGAACAACCAAGUGUUGGUACCUACGCUAGUGCCUGCUUGCCCCACGCAGUGCAUUUGCCUCUCUCAGUCGCAGGUUGUGUGCAACAGUGCGAGUUUGCGUGGUGUUCCGUCAGCGUUGAGUCCAAACGUAAUGCAGUUAUCGCUGUCGCGUGCAGAUCUCCGUGUUCUACGCUCCGAUGCCUUCGCCCAUCUCAGACAACUCCGCCGCCUGUCUCUCGACGCUUGUAAUCUGACGCGCAUCCGCCCUUUCGCCUUCCGAGGUCUGCCGCGCUUGGAUGAACUCUACAUACAACACACGCCGCUAGCUACUGUUGACGCUUUCGCAUUCGCUGCUCUUCAAAACAUAUCCACCAUAGUCCUAUCGCACAACCGGAUAGCACAAAUCGAGGGCUACGCUUUCGCCGGAACCAAUUUCAUCAAACUCAUCUCGCUCAAGCAUAACCCUAUAAAACGGAUCCUAGCGCAUGCCUUCUCCGGUCUUAACGAUGUGUCUCAAAUAGAAUUACCGUCCGGGGUUAAGUCGAUCGAACCGAAGGCGUUUUUCGGCUUAGAGGGCGUCGGUGUAUUGGAGCUGGCUUAUAUGGAUUUACCGGGACUACAGGCCGAUACAUUUUUUGGAUUAACUCAUGUCGGGCGAUUGGCUUUACGCGAAUCGGAUCUGGGGGUCGUACGCGUCGGGGCUUUCGAUGGCUUGAGACAUGUGGAUGUGCUGGAAAUCUGUAACAAUAAAAUCGACGGUAUCGAGGAGCUUUCGUUAGUACACAAUAAUAGCGUUAAUACGUUUAAAAUGACCGGGAAUCAUAUGUUGGAGGCGCCAGAGUCUGUGGUCUUGGAGGUGGAGAGCAUUAUCAUUCGCGGUAAUCAUUUGCCGUGUGAGUGUGGGAGAGAUCCUCUAAUGAAUCCCUUGGCGUUGACGCAGAAUUUUGCGGAGGAGAAUCUCUGCAUAUCUCCGUUGAAGGUGCGGGGUCGGAGUUUGUCGAGUGCAGCAGGGUCCGUUUGCAGGAGCGAGGGAGGGGGAAGCGCGCGCGCAAGGGCCGCAGCGGGCGCGAACCCAGUGGGUGACCGACUAGAGUCUCUUGCGCUAGCAGUUGUUGCGAUCGCUUUUCUUGCCAACAGUUAG